CUUGCCAAUAUCGAAGGAUGUCUCGAUUUUGUCGCCGUGGGUCGCGUUCAUGCCCUUCUUGGCUACAGAGCUUAUAAUACAGCAUAAGACACGAUAUUCACAAACUGUAGCUGGACCUGGACCCAUAGCUAUAGCGCUAGCUUGCUGUCGUCUGUGUCAUUUCAAGGCAAGGGGCAUGGAAGUCAGAGAAGAGUCCUUUGAAACACGACGCAGCUCAAGCCUCAUGAUCAGUGCCUGUAACGUGACAUUUCUCUAUUUUGCAGGUGUUGGAGCUAUCGUAUGCGCGUACGUCAAUCCAUAGCUACUGCAUGAGUUGCUGCAGCUUUUGCCACCUGGAAACACUAUCUAAU